GACAACAAUUGUGUAUUUACCAGUGACAGUCAAAUGUUCAAACAUUCGUAGACGUACAGCGGUACUGUCGUCAUUUUUAUAAUAUUCAAAUUAUAAUAACAAAUAACGGUGGAAGUAAAUUUAAAAUAGUAACAUGGUUCUGUUAGGCGAAUCUUUUCCAAAUUUUGAAGCAGAGACGCAAAUUGGCACAAUUAAUUUUCACGAUUGGCUAGGUGACUCAUGGGGAAUAUUGUUUUCUCAUCCGAAUGAUUUUACACCGGUGUGUACAACGGAAUUGGCUCGAGUAGCGAAAUUGAUGCCCGAAUUUGAGAAAUUGGGAGUAAAAGUUAUCGCGUUAUCAUGUAAUUCCGUUGAUUCACAUAAUAAGUGGAUAGAGGACAUAAAAUCUUACGGGGAAAUAAACUGUAAGGAGUUUCCUUAUCCAAUUAUACAGGAUGAAUCUCGAAAACUCGCAACAUUAUUGGGAAUGUUAGAUCCUGCAGAAGUUGAUAAUCAUGGUAUACCUUUGGCUGCUAGAGCAGUAUUUAUUAUUGAUCCUGCCAAAAAAAUGCGAUUAUCGAUUUUGUACCCUGCAACCACUGGAAGAAACUUUGAUGAAAUUUUACGUGUGAUUGAAUCCCUUCGACUGACAGAUAAAUAUAAAGUAGCAACUCCUGUUGACUGGAAGAAAGGAGAAGAUGUCAUGCUUCAGCCUACUGUGACAGAGGAAGAAGCAAAAACGCUGUUUGAUAAUAUUAAAACUUUAACACUACCUUCUGGCAAAACUUAUUUACGUAUUGUACCUCAGCCAGCUGCAUAUAAAUAAUCCUUUGAAAUAUAAAAACAAAUAUUUUACAAUGUAUUUUCUUAAAUUAUCAAAACCGAUGUUUGUAAAAGUUAAAGUACAUAUUCUGAUAAUAUAUUGAAUUUUUUGUAAUAUA